AUGCCGUUCAAGCAACCGCUCGGCGAGCGAGAUGCCGCCAAUCGGGUUGCACCGACUUUUAUUAGGCCGCUAGCCGAUAAACGAGCAGUAGUUGGCGAAACGAUUAUUCUGGAGUGCCAGCUCGAAGGUCAUCCGGAUCCGGCGAUUAAAUGGCUCAAAGACGGACAUAAUGUUUCCAUGUGCCCAGAUUAUCGAAUCGAAGAAGACGGACUUAAACAUCGACUCGUCAUUCCUCAAGUACAAGCUGCUGACAGUGGCCGAUUCACCGCUCAAGCUUCAAACGUCGCUGGUACCAAACAGUCGACGUGCAUUCUGAUUUGUGCUCCAGCUCCGACACCAGUGCCAGGAGCCAAGUCUGCUGUGGCAUCCCCAGCUCCUCCUCAAACACCCGUUGGUCCAUCGGCGCCAAUUUUCCUCAAAGAACUCCGUCACCAACCGCUCAAACCUGGAGCCGGUGUCACUUUCGAAGGACGUGUAAUCUCUGUCCCACCACCAAACAUCGAAUGGAUGAAAAACGGAAAACCACUGCAGAACUAUCGCGCCAAAAUCGAGCACGACCCAAAAACCGGAAUAAUUUCUUUAAUUAUCCCUCAAAUGUUCAACGAUGACGCUGGAGAGUACACAAUCAAAGCCACCAACGUCCAUGGAGAGGCUAUCAGUGGAGCACAAUUGCUUCCAAGAGAACAGUAUGAUCGGUGGUUCGCCAAUGAGCAGACAAGACUCACAAAGGAUCGGAAGCAAGGAAUGCUGUCACAGACAUUGAGACCGAGUAGUGUUGCUCAGAAGCAGAUGCAGAAACAGGGUUAUGAUACGGAUCAAGGGAGUGUGGAUAUGCACUGGACGAUUUCCGAAUCGGAAACGGAGCCAGAACUUUCUGCUCUGGAUGCUCGUGGAGUUGGAACCAAACCAAUCAUUAGGACUCCUCUUCGUGGUUUGAGACUCACAGAAGGAACAGAUGCCAUUCUACAAGCGAAUAUUGUUGGUAACCCGAAACCAAGGGUGAGUGUUUUUUUUAUCCAAUGGCAUUUCAACGGACGGCCGCUUCAGCUAUCCGGUCCACGAAUGCAGAUGACUUAUAAGGGAUCGAUGGCAGUGCUGAAAAUCUCAAUGGUGACAAUUGAUGAGGCUGGAGAUUAUACGGUUGUGUCAGAGAAUCGCUUUGGAAAGAAACGCAGGGUCGAAAGUUCAGCGCGCAUCGAGGUCUACCCCUUGAACGUGCCGGACGAACGACGAAAGGAAAAUCAACUCCGCGAGCAGCAAGAGCGUGAUCGCCAACAACAGGCGCUCGUCGAGGCGGGUCUCGCACAACAGAGACAGCGCGACGCCGAGCAACGACGCAUCCGUGACGAGCAGGAUCGUCUUCGUGUGCUUUUCGAACGCGAAAAAGCGGAACGCGAGCGAUUGGAAGAGGAGCGUCGGCAGUUGGAGCACGAGAAGCGAUUGCGGCAGCAGCAGCAGCAAGAGCUUUUCGAACGCGAAAAGGCAGAAAAGGAGGAGAGAGCUCGUUUUGAAGAGGAACGUCAUCGGUUGGAGCACGAGAAGCGGUUAAGGCAACAGCAGCAAACUCAGCCUUACCAUCUUCAGUAUCCACAACACCACCACCAGCAGCACCAACCACACCAAGCUUGGCAAGAUUUCGAGCUAGUCCAUCGACCUCAAUACGCUUCUGACGAGUAUCAAGAACCACAUUACGCGCAGAUCAGACCACACCAGCAGCAGCAACAACAUCGUCAAGAAGUAUCCCAUCAGAAUCUCUACGAACAACACCGUAGACAGCAGCAGUUGAAUAGAGAGCAGCAAAUCUAUCAACAGCAACACCAUCACCAUCAGCAGCAGCAACAGGAACAUCAAACACCGUUCCAUCACUUCAACCAAUAUCAGCAGCAUCUCAGAGACCAUCAUCAAAACACAAUGCCAGUAUUCAGACAGCAGCAACCUACCCAAGUUACUAACGGCGGACCAAAAGCAGCAAAUGGUUUCGCAAAAACUGCCAACGGGUCAGCAGCAAACGGUUCAGCAAAGAAUGGAUCCGCCAUCCACGCAGCAAACGGUGGCGGACCAUCCCAAUCAGCACGCGGGCACGAACACGGAGCAGCACUCGUCAACGCCCGACCACCACAAUUCCUCGUCCAUCCACAAUCCGUCGCAGCAAAGGCUUUCGAGACAGUAACAUUCAGCGCGAAAGUCGUCGGAACACCAACACCCCAGCUGACGUGGCAGAAGUCAGAUGGGACCGUUAUCCAGUCGGGUGGCAAGUACAAAAUCGAGACGGGUCCGGAUGGCAGCGGACGGCUCAUCAUCGAGAAAGUGGAUGCUCACGACGCCGACAUGUACAUGUUGGUAGCUAGAAAUGAGGGAGGAUCGUUCCAGAGCAGGUUCUCAUUGAACGUUCUCCGUAAGUUUAUAUUUUCAUCUCUGAAAUGGUUUGCCAAGUUCUCGCCGGAAGCGCCAGAAUUCACUGGCAAAUUCCAGUCGACGACACUUUACGACGGGGACUCGGUGAAGCUCUACUGCAAGGCAGCCGGAGAGGGUGUGAGCUUCAGGUGGUUCAAGGACAACGAACCGAUCUCAUCAGGUGGCAGUUAUAACGUUGACUCAAAGGGCAACGAAACCACCCUUCACAUCAACAACGCCACCCUCAAAGAAGGAGGAUGGUAUCGGUGCGACGCCACCAACAAACACGGAACAACAACUCUCAAAGGACGAGUCGUCGUGAAUUCCCGCCAAAAGUUCACAGGCCCAGCCCAUCGAGAAAUGAUCACUCUUCGCAAAGUUGACAAGGUGGAAAGAUCCAGAACACCAGUUAACCAACUGCAAGAUGUCGCAGCAUCAAAGUCAGCGCCAAAGUUUGAAGGAUCUCUACAAUCCCAACAACUGAUCGAAGGUCAAUCUGCGAGACUGGAAAUCAAAUACACGCCAGUCGAUGAUCCGAAUUUGAGAAUUGCUUGGCUCCUAAACGGAAAGGCUAUCUUGGCAUCGUCCCGUAUUGCGACUCUCACUGACUUUGGAAUUGCUGCUCUGGAAAUCAAUCCAGUUACAGUAUUCGAUCAAGGAGAGUAUACCAUUGUGGCUGUGAACCCACUUGGAGAGGCUAGAGUCGCCGCAAACAUCGCCGUUGUUGGACAUGGAAACUUCAUUCAGCAGGGACAAUCCGGCACUCAAUUCGGAGGAACCACCUAUCAAUCCAAGGGAGCUCAGGCACCAGCUGGAGUGCAAUUGGAUUUGCCAAACUUCCAUUCUGACUUGAGAUCUCAGGAGAUCUUUGAAGGACAGCCGAUUCAUCUGGAGACCAAGUUGACACCAAUCAAUGAUAAGAGCUUGAAGGUAACUUGGUUGUUGAAUGGCAAGGAAUUGCCAAACAAUGACAAAUACCGCCAAGCCUUGUCGCACGGAUUCGCCACCUUGGACAUCCCACAAACCUCGAAAGACGAUAGCGGUUACUACUCCUGCCGCGCUUCCAACCAACUUGGAGACGCUGAAAACCAAGCCACCAUCAUUGUCCACCCCAAAGUCGAGCUUCAUCAAUUUGAGCAAAACAGUCAAUUGGAUGUCGAUGAUGUCAGAGAGAUUCAGUUCGCUCACUCACAGGAGGACCAAACCCCCAAGUUCAUUUCGCAAUUAAAACCAUUUCAUUGUGAGCAGGAACUUGGAAGAUCCAUCUUCGAGGCUAGAAUCCAACCAAUCAAUGAUCCAUCUCUCCGAGUUUCUUGGCUCAAGGACGGGCAGCCACUUCCAAACGCCAACAGAAUUCAAAUCUUCCAAAACUUUGGUGUCGUUUCCCUCUCCCUUCAUCCAACGUAUCCAGAAGACGCCGGUGUCUACACUUGCGUUCUUUUUAAUUCUCAUGGUCAAGCUCAAUCAUCCGCUGAGCUCACCACCGUCUGGAUCGACACUCUUCAAUUUGACACCAAGCAUGCUGAUAGUCUCCCGAUUAUCGGAUACCUUGACAGCCACCAAAUUCAUAUCGGACCUCAGACUGUUGACCGUCCAGAAGAAUUCAACUCUCUGGAAGCCCCCAAAUUCGCCAGAGAGCUUACCGGAAAGAUCGAGGUCAUGGAGAACGAACCAGUUCAUUUCGAGGCUAGAAUCCAACCAGCGAAUGAUGUCAAGAUGACUGUCGAAUGGUACCAUAACGGAAGUCCUCUACCAGCCGCCCAUCGCUUCCGUCCAAUGUUUGACUUUGGAUACGUGGCGUUGGACCUUCUCUACGCCUACCCACAAGACUCUGGAACCUAUACACUGGUUGCAAGAAACGAAUUGGGAGAGGCUAGAAGCAAUGUGGAAUUGGUUGUGGGUACUGAGAAGGUGCUUUAUUUGGAACCACAUCAUCCAGAAGGAUUGGAGAGAAUUAAGAAGGGAAGGACCAACAGACACACAAACAGAUCGUUCCAGGAACUCGAACAAGACCGUCGUCAAGGAAUCGCUGAAGUCGAGGACCGCACCUGCGAUGCCGCUCCGAAGUUUCUCAACGACAUCCAAGAUAUUGAGCUCCACGAACACGAGAACAUCCACGUCGAUCUUCGUGUGACGCCAGUCAACGACCCAACCAUGGUCAUCGAAUGGUUUGUCAAUGGGCGCCCGUUGCUUACCGGAAGUCGUGUCAAGACUCUGAACGAGUUCGGAUUCAUUGCUUUGGACAUCAAGGGAGCGAUUGCAGAAGACUCUGGAACCUAUUCGGUCAGAGCUAGCAACAUGCUCGGAGAGGCCAUCCGCCAGUGUCAAAUUACUGUAAUUCGUAAGUGGUUUUCUGCCGGCCAAAUCAUGUCCGACACUCAACAUCAAGAAUCUUUGGGAAAAAUCAACUACCUCGAAAAUCUCAACAAGUAUGGGAGAGUCGAAGUCGAGGAUAAGGGACCAGAUGGACCACCAAACUUUGUUGUACCACUUCAAGCAGAUUUGGGAGAUGUAAGUUUUUCUGAAAUCGAGGAAGGAGAGCCAAUCCAUUUGGAGUGCCAGGUUAACCCAAUCAACGAUAACACUCUGAAAAUCGUUUGGCUCCGCGACGGACAACCAAUUCCACACGGACACCGAUUCCGAACAUUCUAUGAUUUCGGAUUUGUGUCUUUAGAUAUUCUUGGAUUCUAUGCUCAAGACGCUGGAACAUAUACUUGUCGUGCUGAGAACUCUCUCGGACAAGCUGAGACUCAAACGACUAUUCGAUGUCAGCCGGCAAAAGCGAAAAAAUCGAAUGGAAUGGGUUUAUUGAACUUGUCGAAUUCAGCGAAAGACGCCAUUCUUGGAGCCGUACAACAUCCACGAAGCUAUGCGAGAAUCCAGGAGAUCGAGGCUCCAAAACCACCACCACAAGAGGUUCCAGACCUUCCACAGCAGCCACCUGCAUUCGUCAAACAACUCGGACCAGCCAUUCAGUGUAUGGAGGGAGAUAAUGUUUAUCUUGAGGCCCAAGUUACACCAACCGACGAUAAUACUUUGACAUACGAAUGGCUUGUCAAUGGUCAGCCAUUGAUGAAGGCUCAUCGAUUCGUGCUCUCACAAGACUUUGGCUACAUUGCCCUCAACAUUCUCUACUGCUAUCCAGAGGACAAUGGUACCUACACUCUCGUGGUCAGAAACCGAGCUGGAGAAGCACAAUCGUCAGUCGACAUCAAUUGCGGACACACUGGAGGCAACUUCACCGACUCAUUUCAUCCAAACUCGCUCGGAAGAAUCGCCGAGCUCGAGGCUCCAAUUCAACGUGCCGAACCACUGCCGGACAAGGAGAAGGAGUUGCCGAAGAUUGUCAAAACGCUUCCACCAACCAUUGACUCGGUCCAUGAGUCGCAGACUUUGCAUUUGGAAGCUCAAGUCACACCGAUUGAUGAUAACACCUUGAGAGUGAGUUUUUUUUCCAGAAGCUCUGUAAAUUACGAAUGGCUUUUCAACGGAAACCCACUCAAGGCCUCCAGCAGAUAUCGUGUGCUCAACGAUUUCGGAUUCGUCUCCCUUGACAUUGACUAUAUCAUUGCUGAGGACAGCGGAAAGUACACGUUGGCCGUCUAUAACGCCGCUGGUCGCGCUGAAACAUCUUGCGAAUUCAAGGUCGAUCGUCUCAAAUCCAUCCUUUCGGACACCGCGCAUCCAGAAUCUCUUCGCCGUAUUCGUGAGAUGGAACAACUUCAACCAGCUAAGCCAUCCGAUGAUGAUGGACCAGCUCAACCACCAGUGUUCACUCAAGCACUCACCGGACCGACUGAACCUCUCAAGGAAGGACAAUCGGUUCAUAUGGAUUGUGUGGUGCAGCCAAUCAAUGAUCCAAGUCUCAAGAUUGAAUGGUUCCAUGAUGGAAGACCACUCAUGUUUGGAUCCCGUAUCCGCACGAUUCAUGACUUUGGAUAUGUUGGCCUUGAAUUCCUUCACGUCCAUCCAGAAGACACUGGAACGUACACCUGCAAGGCGACCAAUCUCAUCGGAGAAGCUACAACCGAUAUCUUCCUCGAGUGCAAAUCCCGUCGCAACAUCUACCUUGAUACUCAUCACGAAUCUUCUUGGGUCAAGAUCCAGGAAAUCGAGAAUCGUGUCGAUGAGCGUGAGCCAACACCAGAGCUCACCUUCCAACCACCAACGUUCACUGAGAACUUGGCCGAUAAGGAUGACGCUCAAGAGGGACAGGCGAUUCGUUUGGAGUGCCGCUUGAUUCCAGUCAACGAUCCAACCAUGCGAGUCACUUGGACCAGAAAUGGAGAUCCACUUCCAGAAGCAUCAAGAUUCAUGCCAGCAAGAAACUUCGACUACGUCAAUCUCGACAUCUUGGCUUUGUAUGGAGAGGACUCUGGUGUCUACACCUGCAAGGCUGUCUCUGCAUUUGGAGAGGCUGCCACGUCAUGUAACGUCAAGUGCGCCGCCACCAAGUCUCUUCUUUUGGACACCAUGCACGAUGCCUCGUGGCAGAGAGUUCAAGAGAUUGAGAACCGUCCAAAAAUGGAAGCCGUCGAUGAUGAGCCAGAGAAGAGUGCUCCGAAGUUUGUGACACAGUUGAACAAUUCACUUGGAGAGCUUCAAGAGGGAGUUCCAAUCCAUUUGGAGUGCCAAGUGGAGCCAACCAACGACAGUCAGUUGACAGUGCAAUGGUACCACAAUGGACAGCCACUUGCCAAUGGACAUCGCUUCCGUACUCGUCACGAUUUCGGAUACGUUGCCCUUGACAUCCUCUAUGCCUUUGCUCAGGACACCGGAGAAUGGGCAUGUGUUGCUAGAAACGCUCUCGGAGAAGCCCAGACUGUCGCCAACUUCACUGUGUUGCCACGUGGAACCAUCUACACCGAUUCUCAACAUCCAGAGAGUUGGCAGAAGAUCCAGGUGCUCGAGGCUCCAAAGGCUGCAGCACCAGAACAACCAGACGCCGAGCAUGACGCUCCACAGUUCAUUGAACCACUUGAGAGUCUGGAGAGAAUUGAAUUCCAACCAGCUCACUUCCAAACGAAGGUCACUCCACAAACCGAUCCAAACCUCAGAAUUCAAUGGUUCAAGGAUGGCCAGCCACUCAGAAAUUCUAACCGAUUCAAGCUGACGACUGAUUUUGGAUACAUCUCGUUGGAUAUUGCUCACACUAUCCCAGAAGACAGUGGAGUCUACUCUGUCAAGGCCAGCAACGCUAAGGGAGAGGCUGAGGUUCAAGCUCAACUCACCGUUAGUGGAAAUGCUUCGAUUCUCGGAAACACUCAACAUGAGCAAUCGUGGCAGAAGAUCCAACUCAUCGAGGCACCAAGAGCUCCGGGAGAAGAAGCACCGGAUGUCAAGCAUGGACCACCAAAGUUUGUCACUCAACUCCACAGUUUGGACGGAGUCGUUGAAGGUCAACCAUCUCAUUUCGAGGCUCAAUUCAUUCCAUUCUCGGAUCCAAGAACAUCGGUCCAAUGGUAUCUCAACGGACAGCCAUUGUCUGCUUCUUCCCGCAGAAUCCUUCGCAACGACUUCGGAUUGGUCUCUCUCGAUCUUCAAUACACUCUUGGAGAGGAUGCCGGAGAGUACUCUGUGGUUGUUAAGAAUUCUGAAGGAGAAGAUCGCACAAAUGGAUCUCUUUCAUGCACCACCAGAGCUGCCAUUCUUGGAGACACUCAACACGCACAGUCCUGGCAGAGAAUCCAGGAGAUCGAAGCUCCAAGAGCACCAGGCGCCGAACCAGAAGGACCAGUCUACGACAAGCCAUCGUUCAUCCAACCACUUCAAUCUGUUGGCGAUCUUCCAGAAGGAUCUGUUGCCCUUCUUGAAGCUCGUUUGGUUCCAGUCAAUGAUCCAAACCUUCGUGUGCAAUGGUUCUUCAAUGAUCAACCACUUAUGGAGUCGAACUGGAUUUCAACCAGCAAUGACUUCGGGUGUGUCUCAUUGAGAAUCGCUCCUGUCUAUGCUAGACACACUGGAGUGUACUCUUGCAAAGCAUGGAAUGAGAGUGGAAACGCUGUCACUUCUGCCAAUGUGGGAGUUCAAGGAUCCGAAGGUCUUCUUCUGGAUACUUCCCAUCCAGUGUCCCUCCAAAAGAUUCAAGAGCUCGAAGCAAUUGACAAGUACGCACGUCUUGAUGCUCCAGAGAGAGAAUUCGACAAACCACAAUGGGUUCAAGGAUUCGAGAACUACGAGAAUGUCGGAGAGGGACAAACUGUUACUCUUCAUGGACUUGUCGAGCCAUCUGGAGACCCAACUCUUCAAAUCGAAUGGCUUCUCAACGGAACCCCACUCAGAAAUGCCAACCGUUUCCGCCAAGAGCUCGAAUUCGGAAAUGCCAUUCUCACCAUUGUCCAUGUUCUCCCACAUGACUCUGGAGUCUACACCUGCCGUGCUUGGAACAUCCAUGGAGAAGCUUCCACCUCAGCCACUGUCACCACCGCUGGAUAUGAGAAGAUUCUCUAUGACUCUCAGCAUCCAGUCUCCUGGGAAAGAAUUCAAGAGCUCGAGGCACCAAAGAUUGUCGAGGAGAUCGAGGAGGUCAUCCAGAAGGAGAAACCAAAUUUCAUUACUCAACUCGAGUCCGCUGAGAAUGUUCCAGAAGGAGUUCCACUUCAUUUGGAGGCUACAUUCCAACCAGCCAGAGACUCUGAGCUCAAGGCUGUCUGGCAAAAGAACGGACAACCACUUGGAGCAUCUCAAUUGGUUCAAACCAAACACGAACUCGGAUGGGCCACCUUGGACAUCUCAUCUGUCAAUGAAGAUCACAAUGGAGUCUACACUCUUACUAUCUCCAACAGCGAAGGAGAAGCGGUGUCUACUGCUUCGAUUCGUGUCGCCGGAACUGGGCCAAUUCUCGGAGACACUCGUCAUGAGGAGUCUUGGAAGAGAAUCCAGAUUCUGGAAGCUCCAAAAGAGGCGGAACCAGACGCACCAGCUCCAGUCUAUGACCAUCCAGCCAUCAACACCCAGAUCGAGGACAAGGAGUGCAAUGAAGGAGAUCAUGUCCACUUCGAGGCGCUUAUCACACCAGUCAACGAUCCACGACUUCAAGUUCAAUGGAUCCGCAACGGAGUUCCACUUGCUCACGGAUCGAAGUACGCCAUUCAACAAGACUUUGGAAUCUGCACGCUCGAUAUUGCCUACACCUACCCAGAGGAUGAGGGAAUCUAUCAACUCCGUAUCUGGAAUCCAGAAGGAGAAGCUGUGUCAUCUGCAACUCUCAAAUGUCACGGAAAAGACGCAAUUCUUGGAGACGUUCAACACCAAGAAAGUUGGAAGAGAAUCCAAGAGAUUGAGGCUCCAAAGCCAAAGCUCGAGGAAGCCGAUCCAGAACCAAAGGGACCCCCACGCUUCAUUCAACAACUCUCCAGUCCCGGAGAUUUGGUUGAGACUCAACCAGCUCACUUCGAAGCUACUGUUGAGCCAGUGGAUGAUCCAACACUUACCAUUAGUUGGUUCCUGAAUGGACAACCAAUGUCUGCUUCUUCUCGAGUCAAGAUGAUCAAUGACUUUGGAUGGGUGAUUAUGGAUAUCGCUCAAACUGAGCCAAGAGAUUCUGGAGAGUGGAAGUGUGUGGCUAAGAAUGCCGCUGGAGAAGCCUCAUCUACAGCCACCAUCAAUGUUCAAGGAAAGGAAGUCAUCCUCCAAGAUUCUCUUCAACCACAAUCCUUGGAUCGUAUUCGACAGAUCGAGGCUGGAAAGCCUGCCCCAACAGAGCGUCCAGAUCAAGAAUUCGAAGCUCCAGUCAUCGUCAAUGCCCUUCAAGUUCAAGGAGCUUUGGAAGAAGGAGGAAGUGCUCACCUUCAAACUCAAUUCACUCCAGUCGCCGAUCCAUCCAUCAAGGUCGAAUGGCUCAAGGACGGACAACCAAUCUUCCAUUCCAACCGAUACAAGAUGGUUCACGAUUUCGGAUUCGCUGUUUUGGAUAUAUUACAUCUUUUGAAGCACGACGCCGGUGAGUACACCUUCCGUGUGACCAACCGCAACGGAGAUGCUUCCACAUCCACCAGCUUCCAAGUUGCCGAGAGCUCCGGACUCAUUCUUCAACCACAGAACGAGCAGAAGGCUAGAGCUGUCGAGACAUUGGAGGAGAAUCUUAGAAGACGUCCAGAGGAGGUGGAGCAAGAACUCAAGGAGGCAACUCCAGUGUUCAUCGAGCCGCUUUCGGCACCAGUGGAAACUGAGGAAGGGGGACGUGCUCAUUUUACUGCUCGCUAUGAGCCAGUGAAUGAUAACCAACUCCAAGUGCAAUGGUACCAUGAUGGAAGACCACUCAAGAAUGGAAGUCGUAUCAAGACAAUCAACAGCUUCGGAUACGUCGUUCUUGAGAUCAGCCCAACUUACCCAGAAGACAACGGAGAGUACACUUGCCGUGCUGUCAACCGAGUCGGAGAAGCUGUCACAUCCACCAAACUCACUUGUUCACCAAAGGAAGGAAUCAUCAGUGCCACCCAACUUCCAGAGCGUAUGGCGAAUGCUGGAAGAAGAAUCGCAGAGAUUGAAGCACCAAGACCAGCUGUUCCAGAUGCACCGGACGCUGAUCACGGACCACCAAAGUUCACUUCAGCUCUUGCUGGACCACCAGAGCUUCAAGAAGGACAACAAGCUCAUUUGGAGUGCCAGGUCACCCCAGUAGCGGAUCCAAGAUUGAAGAUCGAGUGGUUCCAUGAUGGUCAACCAGUGAAACAUACCAACCGAAUGAAGGUGAUUCACGAUUUCGGAUUCGUUGUCCUGCAACUCACGCCAGCAGAGCCACAAGACUCGGGAACUUGGACUUGCCGUGCAACCAAUCAACACGGUUCCGACGAGGUGUCCACUGAAAUCAAGGUCGUCGGUGGUGGAGGUGUCUCGUACGAAUGGCAGAGCCCUGCACAGCGCAAGGAGCGCAUCACCGAGUUGGAAGACUGGAUUCAUAGACCAAAGGAGGAUCUCAACCUUCCUCCUGUGGACUAUCCAGCACCCACUUUCUCUCAAGACCUCACCGAUCUCGGACAACUCAACGAGGCUGACGCCACUGCGUUCGUUUGUGUCUUGGAGCCAAUUGGAGAUCCAACUCUUAGAGUUCAAUGGGAGCAUAACGGUCAUCCUAUCCCGUAUUCUAACCGAAUCUCUUGCACCAACGAGUUCGGAGUUGCCACUCUUCUCAUCAAACAUCUCAUUGCCGCCGACGCUGGAGAGUACAAGUGUGUCGCCACCAAUGCCAAGGGAUCUGCCACUUCCACCGGGCACGUUGCAGUUGAAUCCGCCACCCAGAUCGAUGCUCCACAAGUCGUUCAACAACUUGUGGACAGUGUUGAGAACAUUCUUGAAGGCGAUUCCAUCCACCUUGAAUGCCGUGUCACUCCAAUCAACGACCCACGUCUUCGUGUCGAAUGGCUCAGAAAUGGAGCUCCACUUCCAGAAGCUUCCCGAUUCAAACCAACGUUUGAGUUUGGAUUCGUCAGCUUGGAUAUUCUCUACGCUUAUCCUGAAGACAAUGGAGAUUACGAGUUGGUUGUUAUCAAUGAUAAGGGAGAGGCGAGAUCAAAGACGAAGCUCACCGUGCUUCCAAGACCAUCCCUGGACUACACCUCCCAAACCCAUGGAAACCAACAAGACUCCUUGGAAUCUCACUUCAAGCAACACUCGCAAACGAAACUCCAACUCACCGCCAACGACAUCUACAAUGAGAGUGACAAGCGCGCUCCAGAAUUCCGCACCCAACUCCAGAACAUCGGAGUCUUGGAAGGAGAGUUCUGUCGCUUCGAAACUCAAGUCGCCCCAAUCAACGACCCAUACCUCAAGGUCGAAUGGUUCAAGGAUAAGAAGCCAGUGCUCCUCGGACACCGUUUCAGAUCUACUCUCGAUUUUGGAUUCGCUUGUUUGGAUCUCCUCUACGCUCUUCCGGAUGACACUGGAGAGUACCAUUGCGUUGCCACCAACCGUCACGGUCAGACCAUGAUUAGUGCCAAAUUGGCAUGCCAAGGAGCUUCCCACGUCAUCACUGACAGUCAGAUGCCUCAAGGAUUAAGAGUGAGCAAUGUGAAAAAGGACAACAAGAACAUCUACUGGAGCGAGCAAGGAGGACCUGCUCAGCCGAAGCAGAAGCAAGCGCCACAAUUCACGAUCCCACUCAGAAAUCUCCAGGUUACCGAGAAUCAACCAGCAAGAUUUGAGUGCGCUGUCACUGGAUAUCCGAGACCAAAGGUCACCUGGUACAUCAACAAGAAUCAGUGUCUCCAUGGCCACCGCUUCAAGCUCAACUUCGACGGACUCCACUAUCUCACUGUCAGCAAGUCCAGAAUUUCCGAUGCCGGAGAAGUCGUGGCUAUCGCUAGAAACACCGAGGGAGAAAGAAUCUCUACUGCCACUUUGGACAUCUUUCAGAACGAUGACUUCAGACAAGCCAAGCUCCGCCCAGCCAACUUCAAAACAUCCGAAGAGCUCAGAGAGCGUGAGUUGCAAUGGCAACGUGACACUCUUGGAUCUCUUGGACCAGCCUUCGAAGCCGCACCAAAACCAGAUGCUCAGAAGCUUAUGCAUGUGGAGAGAGCACAGAGCCCAAUCGAGCCACUCGAAUCUCAAGAGCUCAUUCAGAAGUUUACUCGCCCACGCGACGAUCAAUUCUACAACAAGUUGUCGUACGUCGAACUUCAGAAGCCACAAUUCAAGGGAAUGGAGUUGGAGGCGGUAAACUUGAAGGCUGGAAAGGUGGAGAAGUACCAACCACCAGUCGAGGAGAUGGAACGAGUCAACCUCAAAGCAGUUCCAGACAAGGAGCAGAAGGAAGUCGGAUGGGAGCGGCCAGAUUGGGCUGGACAGGAAGGAGGCUCCAAGUUGCCAGGAGCAGAUGAGGGACGCUUCAAGAAGCUUCCAACGCCACCACCAGAGUUGGACGUUCCAGCUAGAGAUCAAGUGAAACUGAAGACCGCAAAGCCAACGAGAGGCAAGGAUUUGGAAGCUGGAGAACGUGUGAAGUUGCAGACGGAGAAAGCAAAGAUCAAGGAGAUUCAACAGAAGCCAGAGCAACCCAAAGAGGAGCCAAUUGUGCAUAAGGAUACUGUACAAUUGAAGAGGGUCACCCAACAACUUCCAAAAACCGGACUCAAGGGUGACCACUUCACUGUGGAUCGUGAGAAGGAUCUCAAGGAGACGCCAGCUGUGGUGAAGCCAGUUAUCGAGGAGACCCGAAUCAGCAACAAGAGUAUUUCUAAAAGCUCGUCUUCUUCUUACCAAGCAACCAAUUUUGAACUACCUCGCAUCGAAACCACCGACACUUCUGAAUACGAGUCUUCAUUCACGUCGAACCAAGGAAGAAUCACCUACCAGGCCUAUCGAGAGCACAAGGAAUCGUCGUCUUCCGAUGUUUAUCUUUCCGUGGAGACUGCAGACGAGUCGUUCUCCCAAGUUCAGCGACUUGAGUAUAGCCCUAGAAGCCCACGAAGGGAGAGAGUGAUUGGAUUUCAUAUGAUCAGGAUACCUUCCUUAUAUCAAUCCUUCCAGCCACAACCAACAAAGAUUGGACAAUCCAAACAAGCGCCACCAACCAUUUCCCAACAGCUGAAGCCACUUCAGGGUGAACUCGGAAAGGCUGCCAAGUUUGUCAUUGAGUUCGCCGGAGCUGCUCCAGUCAAGGUGACUUGGCUCAAGGAUGGAAAGGAGAUCAAGAGCACGUUCAGAUCACAGAUCAAUACCACCCCAACCAGCUCCAGUCUCCAUAUCGGUCGUCUCGAAAACUCUCACUCUGGCGAAUACACCGUCCGACUUGAGAACGCCGCCGGAACCGUCGAAUCUCUUGCCAACCUUACCGUCGCACCACCAUCUGCCACUGGAAAGGCCCCAGACUUCAGCGCCCGUCUCAACGACCUCCGCAUCCAACAGAAUGGGCCAGCCGAGUUCUCUUGCCAGAUCGGAGGAGAACCAAAACCAACGAUUCAAUGGUUCAAGGAUGGACAACCACUUCCGAAUGACGAUCGCUUCCAGGUUGUUGAGGAAGGAGGAGCCUACAAGCUCAAGUUCGCUAGCAUCCUUCCAACUGAUGCAGGUAUCUAUGAGAUUGUGGCGAAGAACGGAGCAGGAGAGGCGAGAUGCAAGGCCCGACUCAACGUGAAUCUCCAGAAGACCGGAAAGGGUGCGGAAGAGGGACCACGCUACGAGGCGCCAAGAUUCACAUCACAAAUUCAACCAAUUGUUGUUGACGAAGGAAAGGGUGCUCAGUUCAGUGCCAAAUUCUCCGGAUUCCCAGAACCAACGAUCCGGUGGUACAGGAACAAUGAGCCAGUCAAACAUUCCGAUGGUUAUGAGAUUUCGCAAUCCAAGGGAGAGGCGAUUCUCAGGAUAUCUGGAACUAAGAAUGAAGACGUUGCCGAGUACAAGGUGGAAGCCAGUAAUCCAGCUGGAAAGGCAUCGUCAGUGGCGAAUCUUGUAUUGACUCCACGAUCCGGAAGAAUCGCCAAGUCAACCAUCUCACGUGGUGGAUCUGCCGCUUAUCAGUCGACUGAUAAGGCCGCCGCAGACGCUCCACACUUUGUUGCCAAGCUUUCGGAUAUCUCUGCUCGUCAGGGACAUACCGUGAAGUUUAGCGCCGAAGUUGAUGGAAAUCCAGAGCCAAGUGUCAUCUGGCAGUUCAAGGGAAAACCUAUCACUGCAUCGAAUAAUGUUAAGAAAGAAUUCCAAUUUUUUUUUCAGAUCUCUCGUGAAGGCAAACGUGCAAUCCUCGAGUUGGCCCGUGUCACACCGGACAGCGCCGGCGAGUACCAAAUCGUCAUUCGAAACGACAAGGGAGCCGCCACGUCGCAAGCCAAGCUCACACUCAGUGCGUAG